GGGAGUUGAUCAACUUGAUCGAGACUGCCGGCUGCGCAGUCGGCAAGGCGGAAGCUGGAGAGGACUUACAGCGCCGGAUCAACCUCAUUGGUGGCACCACGACAUGGCCUCAAGAUGACCACAUCUACCACAUCUCUCAGGAUCAAGGUUGCAUCAGUCCCGAGACGGAGAAGCAGCGUACCCAUAAGCCACGCUUACACCGUUGAGAUAGAGUAUUCCUCCGAAGACGAGAUCGAAGAUCGACUGGCACACAUGCUGAGCGCAUACCGAGCGUUUUACCUCGAGCCGGACGAAAGGGAACCGCAAACCUUGAGAGAUGCGGUUGAUGCGCGAACAAGUCGACGCAUCCUCAAACGGAUCUUCCAUGACCAUCUAAACUCAGCUGAAGAUGAGGAUCUCCUGUUGCAGAGGGAGGAGGAAGACGUCUUGGAUAUGCUGUUGAGAUGGGUUCGAGAGACGCAGAUGCCGUCUAGACUCUGCAGAGAAACUUUUGACGAGUUGGCUGGGUGUGUCGGCCGUCUCGAUAAUCUCGCGAGUGCAUUGUUCGUCAAAGGCGUUUACUUGUCCUUCGAAACUAAAGACGGCUCAAUGUUUAUGGUACACCUGCCUCCCAAGGGGUUCAAUGAUGCCAAACAGUGGGAUUUUGGCGAAGUCUACGACGUGUUUGGUGGUCUUGGCCAGAUCGAUAAUCGUUCAGAGAGCAAACCUAUUGUGGCAACGGAUAGUCAAAGGCGACUUGACUAGCGAAGAGUUAGCAAGAAAAGGACAUCAACACCCCCAGACUGAUAACUGAAAACCAGUUUCCUGUCAGGAGGUGGGGGGGAGAGGAUGACAAAGAGGAAGAGAAAACGGAAGAAGAGGAAACGGGUGCUGGGGUGGGAAGAGAGCCUUGAAGAGCAAAGGGAGCUGCUGUUUAUUGUGGUUGUUUCCUAUUGACGUCCAAGACAAGCUUGCCGGCCUGCCAGAUGUCUCUAGGCGUCGGAAAGGGAGCUGCUAAGAAGGGAA